AUGUUUCCAAAACUAUUCUUUUGCCUAUUUAUUUCCACAACAUUAGGAUAUUCUGUCGAACCAAGUUCUGAGAGAAAAUGUAAAAUAUCAGAAGAAUAUUCUGCACUUCAAGCUUGUACUAAUAUUAGCAGCCAACUGGAUGAGCUAUUUAUGGAGCAUAACAAUAUGAAAAUUCCAAAAGAUGUUCUGAAAAAUAUGACAGAACUUUGCACAAAUGUUACGACUUGCUUUAAUUCCACACAAUGUUCUACAAGUCAGGAUUUUAAGGAAUUUUACGAAGCGAAAUGUCAAAGCCUCGAGUUCCAAAAAACAGAUCUAUAUAAUUGCACUUUCAAAUUUUAUGAGACAAUCUACUAUGGAUUUGAUAACUGUUCAGAUCAAUAUCACUUUUUAUCGAACGACCUAGAUCAGAGGAAACAAUCUUUCAAUUCAGGGAAGCUAUGUUUCUUGGAGAUUGUCGAGAAAAAGUGCUCAAGUGAAGCAAAAGAUUACAUCGCUUCUAAUUACAACAAAUUAGUCAAAACAUUGACUGAAAAACCAGAAGGGGAAACUUGUGCAGAACCAUUCUACGAAUUUCAUUAUCAGCAGUGUCAAGCAGCAAUCAGUAAAACGAUAACACAAAUUGUAGAAGUUUUUGGAAAAGAUAAGCCAUCAAUUUUUGACGAACGUUGGUCGUCUGUUUGUGGAUAUUGUCAAAAGGCGCAGGAAUGCGUUCAAAAUUGCUGCAAAUUCAAUGAUUAUGAUCGAGAAAGUGUUAAUAACUUGUGUAGUCCCCCUUUCAAAAUUAAAACGGACAAUCUGAAAGAAUGUUUGACAAAAUGGGAAGACGAUAAGUCUGCUGGACCAACUGAAUUUACUCAAUUAUUAAACUCGACUAUUUGGAACAACUCAUGUGCUCUUUAUGAUUCAUUGAAUAGUACCAAAAACAAUUGGAAAGAAGAAUUAAACAAACAUUGUGAAAAAACAAUUAUUAAAGACCAAGAUGAGCAUAAGAUGGAUAUGUCAUUGCUGGGAUGUAAUUCCACUGAAUGCUGA